AAACCGGAAACACGCGCGGAUUUCGUCACAGCUGGAAAACAAAAACAAACCGUGUUGCGACACAUCAGCUGUUUUUCUCUCCGUGUGUGUCCGUUAGUGUGUGUGUGUGUUCACGGUUUAAAAUCAUCACGUCACGUCGUGUCGAGUCCUCGCGCUCAUGGUCGUCGCGCGCGGGUCCAGCUGAAGCUGUAGUUUAACCGGGAACAUCACGGUGACGUCAUGGCUCAGCAGAGAGGAGUGAACAGCCUGCAGUUCAACCAGGACCAGAGCUGCUUCUGCUGUGCGAUGGAGACCGGGGUGAGGAUCUACAACGUGGAGCCGCUGAUGGAGAAGGGUCACCUGGAUCACGAGCAGGUCGGCAGCGUGGCGCUGUGCUCGAUGCUGCAUCGAUCCAACCUGCUGGCCGUCGUUGGAGGAGGAGUCAACCCCAAGUUCUCAGAAAUCUCUGUGCUGAUCUGGGACGACGCUCGGGAGUCACGAGACCCAAAAGACAAGCUGGUUCUGGAGUUCACCUUCACCAAACCGGUUCUGGCUGUCCGCAUGAGGCACGACAAGAUCAUCAUCGUGUUGAAGAACAGGAUCUACGUGUACAGCUUUCCAGACAACCCGGUGAAACUGUUUGAGUUUGACACCAGAGAUAACCCUAAAGGUUUGUGUGAUUUGUGUCCCAGUCUGGAGAAACAGCUGCUGGUCUUCCCGGGUCACAAGUGCGGCAGCCUGCAGCUGGUCGACCUGUCCAACACCAAACCGGGUACGUCGUCUGCUCCGUUCACCAUCAACGCCCACCAGAGCGAGAUCGCCUGCGUGGCGCUGAACCAGCCCGGCAGCGUGGCGGCUUCGGCCUCUCGCAAAGGAACGCUCAUCCGCCUGUUCGACACGACGACCAGAGACAAGCUGGUAGAGCUGCGAAGAGGAACCGACCCGGCCACGCUCUACUGCAUCAACUUCAGCCACGACUCGUCGUUCCUCUGCGCCUCCAGUGACAAAGGCACGGUCCACAUCUUCGCACUCAAAGACACCAAACUGAACCGCCGCUCUGCACUGGCUCGUGUCGGGAAGGUGGGCCCCGUGAUUGGUCAGUACGUGGACAGCCAGUGGUCGUUGGCCAGCUUCACCGUGCCGGCUGAGUGUGCCUGUAUCUGCGCUUUCGGAAAGAACACGUCCAAGAACGUCAACUCGGUCAUCGCCAUCUGCGUGGACGGGACCUUCCAUAAGUACGUCUUCACCCCUGAUGGAAACUGCAACCGCGAAGCCUUCGACGUGUAUCUGGACAUUUGUGACGACGACGACUUCUGAGGACGACGGCGAAUGAAAAUGACCCGAGUUAUGAUGGAAUCAGAGACUUUCUGCUGGGGCCUGUUUCAUGACCUUUGUGUUUGUAAUCAGUUGUAUCUACAGUAUGUAGCAGUGUGAAUAUAAAUACAGUUUUCUAUUGGCCUGUAACCUUGUUGCAUCAUGAGUCUUUGAUUUGCUGUAUUGAUCAAACUGGGAUUAAAAAUCAUUUUACAUAAGAAAUCAGUACAAACA